CUGCUUGGCAUCUUAUAUUACCUCCAAUUAUGUGUCUGCUUGCUGCCUGCCACCUGCCAACAACGGAAGAUUCAACUGCCUCUAGUACGACAAGCAAACAAGUGUGGGUGUCGCGGCCGGUCUCUAUGGAAACCAGGCAAACUUCACGAGCUGUUUCAGCAUACUCACGUUUACAGUUAGGUCGGUGGGUACGUUCAUAUAUUUCUUUAUUAUUAUUUUUUUUAUUAUUAUUGUUUAUCAUUGCGAAAUGCAGACAAAAAUGACUAAACUAUCAACAACACUGAACGCGGAGGUAGAAACGGGUUCUGAAGAAAAAGACACGAGCGAAGUUGUUGUGUCUGUCGCUCCAGGCCAGGAGUCUCAGAGUGGGGAUGCUGAUGGGACAAAGGUUAAUGGUGAUACAGUAGAGACCAAAACAUCAGAGAACAGAACAAUCUCUCCAGGUCCCAGAAUCACCAAAGAGUUUUUAAGGGAGCAAUGCAAGAAAAACAAACUGUACCUGACGCCAAGGCUGAAUGACACUCUUUAUCUUCACUAUAAAGGUUUUUCUUGUAUUGAGGGAUUGGAGGACUAUACCGGCCUGCGCUGCCUAUGGCUGGAAUGUAAUGGCAUUCGAAAGAUUGAGAAUCUUGAGAAUCAGACAGAGCUUCGCUGUCUGUUCCUCCAUCAAAACCUCAUUCAUACUCUGGAAAACCUGGAACCACUCAGCAAGCUUUGCACUCUGAAUGUCUCAAACAAUUAUAUCAAGGUCAUUAAGAACAUAUCCUGCUUGAGUGAGCUGUCCACGCUGCAGAUCUCCCAUAACACACUGGAGAAUGUGUGUGACAUGGAGGAGCUGUCACACUGUCCAUCCAUCAGUGUUCUUGAUCUGUCUCACAACAGAAUUAGAGAUCCAGCUCUCAUCAGUGUUCUAGAGAGAAUGCCUGACUUGCGGGUGUUAAAUCUAAUGGGUAAUGAGGUCAUCAAAAAAAUCCCAAACUACAGGAAGACUCUGAUUUUUCGUCUAAAGAACCUGACCUAUCUAGAUGACCGGCCUGUUUUUCCAAAAGACAGAGCAUGUGCAGAGGCAUGGGCUGCUGGUGGUCUGGAAGGUGAACGAAAAGAAAGAGAAAUGUGGCAAACGAGAGAAAGAAGGAAGAUCCAGGAAAGUUUGGAUGCAAUGACUGCUAUCAAAGAGAACGCACUGAAACGACGGGAGGCUCGAGAGCAUUUGGAGGAAGGAAUCACAGAGCCUUCCAUUUCUGUUAUUGGGGAUCAGAGCCCUCAGAACGAAACACCAGCGAUUGCACCUGCAGAGAGUGACAAUUCAAAAACAGCACAGGAACAAACCGACCCAUCAGCAUCAGAGACACACCACAUUUGCCAGUCUGGAUCUGAUGAGGAACAGAUUAUCCAAACAUCACUUGAUCAAAAUCAUUCCAAGCAGUCUAAAUCAGAGAGACAGCAAACAGGUUUAGAACAGAUUCUCCAUCCAUCGUUUGACCAGGAACAGACUGGUCAAACAGCAACUUUGGGAUUGAAGAGUAAAGAGGAAAAGUGCCAGAAAAUGCAAGCUCAAUACCAAGGCACAAAACCCUCACAGUCACAUGACAGCGGUUCAGUUGCUGGUCCUGGUGCUCUCAUCACUGAACUGAUCUCUGAGGAUGAAAUAGAGACUAUCGUCCUGUCAGAGAUACCAGCAUUAACAAUUGAUGAUCUUCCAGAUCUUGAAGAAGAAGAAAGUAGCCAGAUACUCCAAGCAACAUCACAGAGUGUCGUCCGUCCUAAGAUUCAGGUCAUCUCUGACGAGGAAACAGAAUCAGAAGCUCUUACAAGUUUGUAUAAGUGGCCUCAGUUAGACGCUGAGGCCGCUGACCAAUCGCAGCUGCUUAUUAGUGUCUCCACUAAAAGAACCUCAGUCAAGCAGAGCCCUGAUUGUAUCAGUCAACUAGAGGCAGGGGAUAACCUCCCCAAGACAGCAGAAACUAGAAAGAUGAUUCUAAUUGAGGAACUGGACUGAGUCUUUAAGUUUACUAAUGGAUGAAACUAUAUUAUAGUCCCUUUAGCACAAAUCUUGGAUGUGAAUUUGAAUUGGAUAUCUACCUGAUAUAAAAAAAAAGGUGUUAAACUUUAAAUGACAAAAUCACAUUAAUAAUUUCAUUUAAAAUAAUAAUAAAUAAAAUAUAGUAAUUUUGCAAUAACUUUAUUGCAGAUAUUGUAAAUGUAUUUUGUUCAAACAAAUUCCAGAAUUCUUUGUUUUAUUUUUUUAUUUUUACACAACCUACAUAUAUUAAAAGACGUUCAAACCAUUAGUUUUCAGUACAGAACUUUACUGAUUGCUUUAAUAGAAACACUAGUUGUAAGAACUUGAGCAUGAAGUCUAUGCAGAUAUGUGUGUGUAGCGCUGUCAUUGGCAUCAGUUCAGGUUUGUAAAUGGAUAGGUUACAUCCGAAGCAGCAGGAGAAGAAAGAAACAUGUCAUGAGCAGCUCUUCACUGACUGAGUGGCUGACAGAACGGGCGAGUCCUCUGAGGGUUUCCUGAUUGGUUUGGUCAGUGCUGGGAACCAGAGGUGUGGUUGCAGUCACAGCUUGAGUGCGACUGGCACACGUGUCGUAGAGGUUCCCAGCAAAUGCUGUUUUCCGGGACUCUGCCCUCAAAGAUUCCCAGAUUUCAGCUG